UGUGCUCGCCAUAUUGGCUCAAUUUGUGCAGUGGUUUAUUACACGAAGGUAACUCUGACUUAUCCAAAAUGAAGUCAGUUUCAUAAACACUUCUACUAUAGAAACCUGGAGGAGGAGAGCGGGACUAGCAGCUGGCAGUUAGUAUCCUAGAAGACCGUGUUGUUAAUGUUAUAUACGGGGGAGCGCGAGCCUUUAAACGCUCCUUCCUUCAAGCCAAAACGUUAAAACACUUAUUCAUUUUAAAAAUAAAUAAAACGUUUUCUCUAAUUAGAACAUGGUUCUGACAGUCUGUACAUAAGAGAGCAGGGCGGAUACUUGUCUGUUCUCAGUUUCUGUCUGUGCUGGUGCCUGGUUUUGUUUCAAAUUCCCCUCCCCUCCUCGGAGCUCGAAGAUUGUAAGUUUCUCUUCUCUGGCCGCUGCUAGUGACGGAGAGAGGAACAAUAUGGCGCCGGGAGUCGCUGCUGCUUCUGGUCCAGUCUUAGACUGAAAUCGGGGAUAUACAUGAUGAACCUCUGCACCCAAUAUUUACGGCAGGCAGAGGCCCUGAAGGUGGACAUGACAGAUUCAAAGUUGGGUCCAGCAGAGGUCUGGACAUCAAGGCAAGCACUGCAGGAUCUUUACCAGAAAAUGUUGGUGACAGACCUGGAGUAUGCUCUGGACAAGAAAGUGGAGCAAGAUCUCUGGAACCAUGCUUUUAAAAAUCAAAUAACAACACUACAGAGUCAAGCCAAAAACAGGGCAAAUCCCAACAGGAGUGAAGUGCAGGCAAAUUUGUCACUAUUCCUUGAGGCAGCUAGUGGCUUCUACACACAGUUGUUACAGGAGCUGUGUACAGUGUUUAACGUGGAUCUGCCUUGCCGGGUGAAAUCUUCACAACUUGGAAUAAUAAGCAGUAAACAGACUAACACCAGCGCCAUCGUAAAGCCACAACCUAGUUCAUGCUCUUACAUCUGCCAGCAUUGCCUUGUCCACCUAGGUGACAUUGCACGCUACCGUAACCAAACCAGCCAAGCAGAGUCUUAUUACAGGCAUGCAGCUCAACUUGUACCUUCAAAUGGUCAACCUUACAAUCAGCUGGCUAUUUUAGCUUCCUCGAAAGGAGACCACCUCACAACAGUUUUCUACUACUGCAGAAGUAUUGCGGUCAAGUUUCCUUUUCCAGCUGCUUCUACCAACCUACAGAAGGCUCUGUCUAAGGCUCUUGAGAGCCGGGAUGAAAUAAAGACCAAGUGGAGCGUAUCAGACUUUGUCAAAGCCUUUAUUAAGUUCCACGGUCAUGUGUAUUUGAGCAAGAGCCUAGAAAAACUGAACACCCUGAGAGAGAAGCUGGAAGAGCAAUUUCAGAAACUUAUUCUUCAGAAGGCGUUCAGCUCGCAGCAACUUGUUCACAUCACUGUAAUUAACCUGUUUGAACUGCAUCACUUGCGAGACUUCAGCAGUGAAACUGAUGAUCAUAACUAUAGUCAGGAUGAACAGCUAAGCUGGAUCCAACUAUUGGCACUUUUUAUGUCUUUCCUUGGAGUCAUGUGCAGUCGAGCAUUGCUGAAUAAGAAUCGGGAGGAAACAUUGGGUGAAUGUCCUCUCCCAGCUAUCAAGGUUUCCUUGGAUUGGCUGAAGCUUAGACCUGUGUUUCAUGAGUGUUCUGUAAAUGAAAGACAGCAUAUUUGGCCAUGGCUGGCUUCUCUCUUGAACAGUUUUCAGCCAAAGGAAGAUGAUGUUUCUGGGGCCUCAGAAACCCCUCUCCCAGAAGAGUUUGAGCUGCAGGGGUUCUUGGCCCUCAGACCUGCACUCAGGUAUUUUUUGGAAUUCCCAUUGUCAAUUUCGCUUCGUGUCAGGAACCUGGAUUUCUUUAAGGGGCACCAAGGCUUUGUAGUAGACAAGGAAGGUCAACAACUGAGGACACGUCAUCAGAGACUGAUCUGUCUAGGAAAAUGGGUGACAGAAAAUCAUCCCAGGCUGCUUCAGUGCAGAAGUGAGGAGGAUAGACUUGUUUUUGUAACUGACAUCCCAGAACUGGCCAUUGAGGAGCCGCCUGAGAACAAAGAUGGUCCAGUCUUGCAGGAAUCUUCCAAUGCAGAGCAAACGUCCAACGAGGGCAGUCAAGGACUUAAAUCAGUACUUUCUAUUGGCAAGACCCAGAACUGCAGUUCAGAGAGUGGAGAGAAACCUGUUGUGACAUUCAAAGAAAAUAUUAAGCCCAGGGAGCAGUCCAGGGAUCCGACAAGAAACCACCAUCUAAAAGAAGGCAUGAAGGAAAGGAGGGACUAUAAUAAAGGCAAUAAUAUGGCAAACAAAGCUGAUUUAAAGAAAGACAAGAGAAAGAGUGAACCUAAGAAAAACAGCAAUGAGAAGACAACAGAGCUAGGAAAGCAGAAUGUGGCAGUGCAGGUAAAGGCACAAUCUGAAGUGAGGAAGACUCCAGUUACUCAGACUCAGACUAGCAGCUCCUCACAGUUCAUCCCAAUUCACCACCCAGGAGCUUUUCCUCCACUUCCCAGCAGACCAGGAUUCCCUCCACCUGCGUAUGUUAUACCUCCACCAGUUGCUUUUUCAAUGAGCCCUGGUUACACGUUCUCAACUGGGGUAUCUGUACCAGGACCUUUCCUCCAGUCUGCCACCCAUCCCCAGACAGGUAAUCAAGUCCAAUCUGGGAAGCAGUCACACAUUCCCUACAGUCAGCAGAGGCCAUCGGGGCCAGGGGCUUUGAAUCAAGGACCUCAACAGCAACAGGGUCAACAGCAACCACACACAGCACCACCACAACAGGGGCAGCCUCCAGCUCAGCUUCAGGUUCAGACUAUGUUACAGCAACAGCAGUCUCCAACUAAACCAGUGCAGCAGCUUGGGAAAAGCCCCCCUUAUCCUGGGAUGCAGCAGUACAUGCAAGCUGACCAGUCCAACCAGCUGUGGAAUCAGCACCAGACACAGCCACCAAUCCAAAAGAUGCCAUUACAGAUGCCUGUAAAACAGUCCUUUUACAUGCAGACUCAGGAUCCACUAAAGCUGUUUGAGCAGUCUCUUCAAACCAUACAAAUGCAGCAGCAACAGCAGGUUAAUAUGGAGAAGAAACUCAGGCAGUUCCCUGUGGAACCCUUUCCCCAGAGCACUUCGGAUGUUAAACCGCAGGAUUUUUACUGGGAUUCUCCGUACCGCAUGACUGACAACAGGCAGAUGAUUGGACAGCAAGUAAACAAUGAUCGCUUGGUCAAGAGGCAACAGGGGGUCUUCCGCACAGACCAGGACAGUGUACCAAGGGUGCCAUCCUUUGAGGACUCCCCUCUUCUACCUCCUGAUCUGUUAAAACGUUUAGCUGAUUUUGAGGAGGAAGAGCUGGCCUUUACUAAACCACACGAUUUUUACCAGGCCUUGGCCGGCCCUCUAGGCACUGCUUCUGGAAGAAACCUAUUUUUGCCAAAUCAGUUAAGGCUGGAAAGACCAUCAGAGCUGAUAGCACAGCCUUCAUCACUUCUCUCCUUGUCUGGGUUUUCGAUUCAGGAGAACACCUAUCAAAAUAACAGCAUUUUCAGUGAGGCCUAUGGUAAGAACAUGGCAACCAGCACAAAGCCGGUAACCUGUUCCCUGUCACACCAGGAGCCUUCGCUGUACUCCCUUUUUGAAGGAACUCCAUGGUCUCCGUCCCUUCCUGCCAGCUCAGGGCUCCAACAACAGGAAGCACAGACCAGAUGUGUAGAUGACAGACCCAGAGCAAGCCAUCCUAGAGUGGUUUCCCCUGUCCAGGACCAGCACAUCCAUCUGCAUCCUCUGAGAGAUCGGUUUAGAACAGCAGAACAAACGGCCCGAGAAACAACUGAUCAUCCGCACAGGCUCAUCAGCAGUGAUACAAUAUGCUGCAGAGAUCACUCAACACCAGCAAGCCAGUCUCCUCACUCCUCCAACCCCAGCAGCUUGCCAUCUUCCCCACCAACUCACAACCACAACUCCGUCCCUUUCUCUAACUUUGGACCCAUAGGGACCCCUGACAGUAGGGAUAGGAGGAUGGCUGAUCGUUGGAAAAUGGAAAAGUCAGCCAUGAGUGGAUUUGGACUGGACUAUUUGCCUGCUACAUCUUCCUCUGCUUCGGAGAACAGCUGGCAUCAGACUAGCACUCCCUGCAGCACCUGGGCGGCCCAGGAAUCCCCCAUGGAAGAAUCCUCCACUGUCCUCCUGGACAGCCUGAAGUCGAUCUGGUCAAGCUCGAUGAUGCAUCCUGGACCUUCAGCACUGGAGCAGCUGCUGAUGCAGCAGAAACAGAAGCAGCAGAGGGGGCAUGGCACAAUGAACCCACCACACUGAAAGGCAAGGAUGGGCACAACUUGUGAAUCCAAGCUCCACUGAAUUAACGGCAUGUUGGGUUAGCAGUAAAUGACCCACACGGUCCCUCGAUGCGGGUGGCAGCCCUCUCCUCUCUCUCUCUGUGUCUCUGUGACAAGAGGGCGUAAGUGCUCCACCAAGCUGCUGAGUGUGCACGAAGCUGCGACUGAGCAACCAAACAGAUUUUUAAAGUAGAAAUAAAAAUCUGAACACUAUCAUGCUUCCUGACAACCUCCAGGGGAAGGACCACCAUCAGUCUCACUCGGUUACCUAACACCACUCAUCCACAGAGCCUCCUCUUAUCCUCUCUACAUUGUAUGUCCAGAAGACUGUCAGGCUGUAUAGAGAAGUGAAGAAGGUGGAAAAGGCACGCAGACUGGCUGGUUAAGUUAAAGAUAGAGCUGUAAAGUCUUGAUUUCUUUUAAAAACAAACUAACGAAUGCUUUGCUCGUUAAGGUAAAAUUGAAUAUUUUAACAUCUUUAUCAUUACAGUAGGAGUACAUUUUAUUUCUACUGAACACAAAUCUGCUUGUGAUCGGAAUGUAGACACAGCAGACCCAUUCGAUUCAAUGUACUGUCUACUGAAUGAUGGGCACUGGGAGAUGCUUUUGUAAAUGUAUUUAAUUAAAAGGGGCAUCUCUUUAGUCUUGAAAGAAAGGUAUUGUGUAAACGAGCAGACGCCUCGCAAAUCAAGCACCAUUAGCUAAACUGAUAUAGAUGGUAAUGUUAAUAGCUGCAGUAGAGAUUGCAAUUAGUCAAUACUGUAUUUUGUGAUUUUGUUCUGUAGCAAUCCAAAAACAAAAAAAAAAUCCUGGGUAAUGUGCGCUGCAGUUUACUGGUAAAGCAACCGUCUACUUACAGGGUUUUAAAUGGGUGUUCCUCCUUUAUUUCUCUCCCCUCCCUUGUUUGAUUAUAAUAUCUGAAAUUUUACUGUUGCUUACCAGAGCUUGAUUCUUUAUUUAGUUCAUGUUCUGCCUUCUUUUAAUAGUCUGUAAACAGCUUUAGGUGUCUUUCUUUGUGACUGGCUCGUAGUUUUAUAUCCUGGUGAGCAGUGUCUUUAAAUAAAUAAAAGCAAAUGGGUCCACCAAAGCUGCUAGUUCAAUACAGGGCACAAAGCCAGGUCUGAGGAUAAAUAAUGUGAUUGACAGCAAUGCAGCCGAGUGCUUGUUCAUACUUGCAAUUCCCCUAAAAAAAAAAAAAAAAAAAAAGACUGGGUUGGCACUGCAAAGCCGCAGCAGAAUUGAAAAGACUUAAAUGUGGACAGUUUCAAUUAAAUGUGGACAUCCUCUAGUUUUCUCACAGGAUCAGAACCUACGGGUCACAGAUGUACAGGGUAAGAAAAGUAUAUAUAUAUGGUUAUUUCUUUACAAUCUGGGCAGCAAAGGAGACAUUUUUAUUUGGUAUUUAAAGGGUAAAAGAAUGAAUAUCAUGUGUACGAGGUGUCUACUUGCUGUGAUCGUGCUUUUCUUGUUGCAUUUCAAAUUAAAAAAAAUAAAGAAAAGAAAAGUUUGGGUGCUGGGACAUAUUGGGUCAGAAAAAAAAAACACCUUUUUGCCGUAAUAAAGGUCCAACGUUUCCGCAUAAUCGCAUUCUUUACAACUGGGUAUUGUUUUAACAUCGCCUUGUUUCCAUUGGCCAAAAAUCCUGAACUUUAAAAAAAAAAAAAAAAAAAAGUUUGGGUUUAAAAUCAUCCAGCAGUUGUGUAUCUUGAACUGUUUGUAUCUGGAUCAUUGAAAAACUAGGUUUUUUGGCAGUUACAUGGAAACGAGGCAUAUUGCUGCAAAUGCCUGACCGUGAUCUUGGAAGUCUGGCUUCACUUGUUGUGGCUUGAUAGUUCUAGGGUUACCGCUGUUCUGUGUCCACUAUAAACUGAUAAUCCUCAUUAUUUAGUGAACAUUUUGGACCUUCGAACACAAUAACAUAUUGUAAGAUAACAUGCAGAAAACAUUCUGCUUUUGGGCAGCUAUAACAUUCCAGUGUUCAAAUUAAAGAGCAUUACUUCCACCCUAAAUAAUAGAGCUUGGCACAGUAUUAAACAUUCUUUAUACCAGCCACCCUGUCCCAGUCACCCAGUUGUGGUACAAGGAGAGAAUCACUUCCUCUGCAUGAGAAUAUGGUGUUUGGAAUGUGUAGUGGUUUGUGUUUUUUUUUUUUUUUUUGUUUGUUUUUUUGGGGAAAGGAGCUUCCAACACUCCUGAGAUGAGCCAAGGGGUUCCUUGUCAGAAUCUGGUUUGUUAAAAGCUUUUGUGUUUUCUGUUUUUCUGUGCAAGACAUUCUGCAGAAACUGCUGCAAUCAUCUAUGCCUUUAAUAAAGUAAACUAUGUUCUCCCUAAAA